UCUCAGUUCCGAAUUGGUUGCGAUGAUGAACGGGUGACGAAAAGCUUGCAGUAGCAGUAAUCGGAUGGACCGUUUUUUUGUGUCGUACAUUACCUAACGUUUUGGCCAUUGUUUAUUAAUAAAUCAUAAAGGUGGAACCGUGUGACCUUGGCGAAGAAAUGUUCGCUUUUCAAACAUAGUGUUUCGAUUGGCGGUUUUAGUUUUCAAGUUCGUAGGCAAUGGCAGGGGCCAAGUCGUGUGCAUCAGACCGGAAAGAAGCGUGUUUUAAAGAAAUAUAGUUAAGGGGGAUCUGAAAACGAAGAGAAAAUAUAAAGUGUAUCAAGAACGGAUAAUCGUCUAAGAAACAAACAGUGGAAAUAUAUUAAGUGGAGGAAUUCGUUGAAUAUAGUUCAAUAUUAUUCAAAUUGUUAUUCAUCGAGAAACGUAACGGAUACGAGGUUAUUCUGCGAAUAGCGACUCUUCCUAAGUUUUCAAACGGUUUUCCACAAAUAAAUAGAAAUUCAGAAACCCUGAAUGCGAGAACCAAAACGGAUGGUCAUUUGGAAAAAAAGUGCCCAAUUUGCCACAAUCGCAAAAACUGGAAACGGUUCACACUGUGAAUUACCCGGCAACGUUUUAACACAGUGAAAACUAGGAAACCGUGGUUUAGAAUUUAAUUUAUUCAACCGAAAAAAAAGAGAAGCGGAAAACAGACAAACACAACAGCAGGUGAAGGGAGAAUCGGGCUCAGCAUGUCGAAUCCCAUUGAAUCGAUCACAUUGCAAAGCUGUGAUUCGUCCGAAUAGUAAGCCAUGACUGCGAUCAUAUCGUUUUCGCUGUUCAUAAACCUGGGAUUAUUGGUAAUCAACGCACCAAGUGGAGUUUAUACCCAGGUUCAAGAUGUCACAAUUGUGCUCAGCCAAGGAACUAUCGUUGGGCUCAAAGUUUUCCCGGAAACGUCGCGCAUUCCGGUGUUUACCUAUCUCGGCAUCCCGUACGCAAAGCCACCGCUAAACGAGUUACGAUUCGCACCGCCAGUCCCCAGCCCAGGAUGGAAUCGAACACUGUACGCACGCGACUUCAAGCCCAUCUGUCCACAGCUUGAGAACAACAGUUACGACGAUGUGGAUCCCCAGGGAUCGUAUCGAGUGCGAGAGACCAGCGAGGAUUGCCUCUACCUCAACAUUUGGAUGCCCGAGACGGCGGCUCGCUACGGUGGAUUCCCGGUGCUGGUUAUGGUGACCGGCGAAGAGAUGGCAUUCGAUUGGUCCGUCAACAGACCCACUGGACUGGAUCUAGCGUCGGAUGGGGUUAUCGUGGUGACCGUUCAGUAUCGAUCGAAUGUUUUCGGAUGGUUAUCGCUCGGGAAAAGGUAUGCUCCCGGGAAUCUAGGUUUGCUAGAUCAGCACCUUGCCCUCGUUUGGGUCCGGGAUAACAUUCAAAAGUUUGGAGGCGAUACCAAUCGCAUCACCCUUCUCGGUCACGGAACAACUGGGGCACCGAACAUUAUGACCCAUAUGAUCAGUCCGAAGGCACGAGGACUUUUUGGGAAGGUGAUAAUUAUGUCCGGGACGGUUUUCUCGCCUUACUCACGGGUAAAUGUCGAUCGGAGGUUGUCGGAAGAGAUUGUUAAAAUCUUGGCUUGUAAUUACGACGUUGGGCGGAAUAUGCUCAAUUGUCUGCAACAGAAGAGCGUUCAUGAUCUGCUCAAGGCUUACGAGUAUGUUUACAGAAGUGGGAACUAUACGACCAAUCUUGGCCCGAUUGUGGAUGAUUAUUUGGAUCCCGGGGAACGCUAUGUGCUCGACGAUCCGAGAUCUUUGUUCGCGUCAAAAUCUUUCAUAAUAGAAGAUAUGCCGAUCAUGUUUGGAAUCACUAGUAACGAGGGUUCGUUCAUGAUGAACAAUUGGUUGGACUUUGCAAAACAGGGCUUGGAUUAUUUGAGAAGAUACGUGAACCACUCGUUGAUCCCGAAUGUGCUGGAACAAUACGAGUUCGGAGGAAUCGGACAGCAUCAGGUCCGAGAUACGAUCAGCUGGAAAUUUUUCGACCAGAUCCCAGAUUCCACCGCCCAUCUGCUGCAUUCCAUCAUCAGAUUGACGACAGAAACCAGACACGAAAUCCCAUUCUACAAAACGCUUGAGAUCCUUAGCCAAACGAACGGGUCAUCAGGCAACGAUCGUUCCCAAUCUCAAGAGACGCAACAUGAAUUGCGAAGCGGCGGAAAGCUUUAUGUUUAUCUCUUCCAUCAUUCAAAAUCGAUCGAUAUGCGAGGGAGAAUCAAUUACUUCGGUGGAGCUUCCCACUCGUCGGAACUACCGUUCCUGAUGGGACCGAGUCUAUUCCAAGAGAUCAGCAGGAAGAGGCUAUCUCAAUCAGAGGAGAAACUCUGCCGGAAGAUGCGAGCGCUGUUCACGGAGUAUAUUAAAGUUGGUGAUCCAACUCCCGGUCGCAGCAUAGAUUCGUGGUCAACAUACACAGCGGGCCUGAGGUACAUCCAGCUGAUCUCCACCCGAGCAGAGAGCAUCUUCACAAACGAGAAACACAGCUUGGCGGACAUCUUCGAGGAUAACUUGAAUCUGAUCGAGGAGAAACUCCUUAACAGCAACACGGACGAAAACACCAAUGGUGGGUUCAAUCAAGAAAACCCUUAUCUUCUAGGGCGCAACAAUUUGGACGAUCAGGAAAGUUCGCGCACAUCCAAGAGCGCUAUUCUGGUGGACAACACCAAAGACUCGGAGUACUUCCACUACCUGCGUAAAAUCGACAGCUUUUGGCACCGAUUCCUGCCCAAGUUGAGUCAAGCGAUGAAUGCUAGCGAUCAGGAAGAACUACGCAACCGUCGGAUAGAUCUUAUCCUGGAGAACGAACAGCAGUUGUACCGGGAAUCAUCGGAAGCCUUACGGUACAAGCACGCGUUCUUCUCGAUGCUCACGCUGGUGUGCAUGCUGCUAGCGGUACUCUGUGUGUGUGUCUACGCGCUGAAGAGGAGCACCAACAAGAGCUUCACCAGCAUCUUAUGACACAAGUUCUUCUUCCGGUCGCAGCUGUUCGAUCGGAAGAGUCGCAGUAAGAAGGCGGAGGUCAGUGGCAAUACGGCCGAUGAAGACGAUACGUACAACGUCACCGGAAUUAGUCAUCGAGUGAAGACGGAUCACGUGGUGCGUAGCAAUCCCCUGUACGGAGAGAACUACAAACGAUUUCUACACAACGGAACCGAAGGAACGAUCAAUGUGGCGGCCAGUGCUAGCAACAAGAGUGUCAUCGGUGGCCUAACGGGGAUAUCCGGCAGGCCCACACGGCAAGUCAAUGAAUUCGGGGAGAACGUCAGCACAAUUCUGACCGAUCUGGAUGAAGAACUGGAAGUCCGGAAUUGGCGGUAUCAACUUUCGAAAGAUCAUUUUUAGAAGUCGGUAUCAGGGUUGAAUUUAUCUAUUUUUCGAUAUGAUUUUUUGUGUGAUGUGGAAUUAGGCUAGAGUUCAAUAAAAUC